UAUACCCACUAAUAAUUUGAUCCUUGCGCUGGAACCAGAGACUGCUUCAAUCUUCUGCCAAUACUUAUCCACUGAGAAACUAAAGGGUUCGGAAUCUGGAUUUACCAUGCCAGCCGAGGGGACAGAGUAUAUGGUUGUUGAUCUAGGAGGUGGAACUGCAGAUAUAACGGUUCACCGGAAAGCUGCAAAUGGUAAAUUAAAAGAAAAACACAGAGCUAUGGGUAACAAUUGUGGUGGUACAUCGAUUGAUAAACGCUUCUUAGAACUGUUCGAAGAAAUAGUCGGAGAAACAACAAUGAAUUCAUUAAAGAAAGAAAGCCCUCUUGCAUAUUUGGAUCUUGUACGAGAGUUCGAAUCCCAGAAAAGAACAGUUGAAACAAGCACAAGAAUUAAAGUAACAAUGUCUAUCCCUGUCGUGGCGCUCGAUGAAAAGUGUCAGAAAGUUCACAAAAAAGACUUUAAGUCUCUACUGGAAAGCUCGCCAUACUCAAAAGACAUUAAACUAGCACAUGAUAAAAUCCGUAUAAACGUUGAGUUUUUUAAAAAGUUGUUUACCCCUUCAAUUGACGGUGUUAUAUCUCUAAUGAGAGAGAUUUUACGAAAUAGGUCAUUAAAGGAGGUCAAACAUGUUUUAAUGGUUGGAGGAUUCUCAGAAUGUCAACUGAUGCAAAGUGCAGUUCGAAAAGCAUUUCCGGAUCAGAGAAUUAUAAUUCCAGAAGAGGCUGGUCUGUCAGUGCUGAAAGGGGCCGUUUUGUUCGGUCAUAAGCCAGAUUAUAUACAAUCACGUGUCAUGCGGUGUAGUUAUGGCGUCAAAACAAAUGUAGCUUGGAACGAAAAGAAAUAUGAUAGAAAACAUUAUGUGAUUAUGGAAGGGGAAGAAAGGUGUGAUAAUAUUUUUUCUCUCAUUAUCGGGAAAGAUGAAAGCGCCGAAGCUGGAAUGAUAGUUAAAAAAUCUUUUUUUACACCUUACAAACAUCAAGACAAGAUGGACAUUAUGGUGUACGUAUCUGAAGAGACAACACCGGGAUAUGUGGACGAUGAUAGAUGCUUCCUGUUAUGUACACCGACAAUUACUUUUUCUGACACAUGCGAAGAGAGGCGUUGGGUAGACGUUGAAUUUGUUCUCGGAAAUACGGAAAUAGACCUGAAGGCGCACGAUAAAAACUCGGGGGAGGCAAUAUCGGCAAAAUUUAAUCUGAUUUAAUCAAAUUGCGAAAUGUUAAGUUUGAAGUAUCAACUAAAGUGUAAACACUU